UACUUCCAUCUGGGAAGGGUGACUGAGUUCAAAUAUGGCGCCAAACUGGGAACUGUCUUCAGAAAAUGGAACGGCGAGAAGCUGUCUUACACCAAGACCUGGGGAGAGGGAUGGGGUUUCAUGCCCAACGGCAAUGCUCUCGUCUUUGUUGACAACCACGACAACCAGAGAGGCCACGGUGCCGGUGGUGCAUCCAUUGUCACCUUCUGGGACUCCAGGCUCUACAAGAUGGCUGUCGGCUACAUGCUGGCCCACCCUUACGGAGUAGCCAGAGUGAUGUCUAGCUUCCGCUGGAACCGAAACAUUGUCAAUGGAAAGGAUCAGAAUGACUGGAUGGGCCCUCCCAGCCAUGGUGAUGGAUCCACCAAGCCUGUUCCCAUCAACCCUGACCAGACCUGUGGAGACGGAUGGGUGUGUGAGCACAGAUGGCGUCAGAUCAAAAACAUGGUUAUUUUCCGCAAUGUGGUCAAUGGACAGCCUCACUCCAACUGGUGGGACAACCAGAGCAACCAGGUUGCCUAUGGACGUGGUAAUCGUGGAUUCAUUGUCUUCAACAAUGAUGACUGGAACCUGGAUGUGACCCUGAACACUGGCAUGCCAGGUGGCACCUACUGCGACGUCAUUUCUGGCCAGAAAGAAGGAAGCAGGUGCACUGGUAAGCAGAUCCAUGUCGGAGGUGAUGGCCGCGCCCACUUCAAGAUCAGCAACAGAGAUGAGGACCCCUUUGUUGCUAUUCAUGCUGAGUCCAAGCUGUAAAAACAUCAUGUACAACUUCAACAAUAAAUCUUAUGUUCAGACUUGAAUGAUGAA